AUGUCUGCCAGGUGCGUACUGGCCGAGCGCAAGAGGCAACACUGUCCCUUUCAUUGGGUGGAGUCAGGUCCAAGCGACCUGGACUGGAUCCGACUGAAGCAUCGUGCCGACAGCUCAAAACUCUUGAAGUGCACAAAGUCUUGCAUCGAGCUUAUAAAAACUGUUCUAAGAUAUUUUUCUUUUCUUGCAGCUAACCUUGAUGUAGGCAAUGUCAUCCCCAUUGGAAAUCUGCCUGAAGGUACCAUCAUUUGCAACCUUGAGGAGAAGACUGGUGACCGUGGCCGUAUUGCCCGUGGAUCUGGCAAUUAUGCUCAGGUCAUUGCCCACAACCCUGAAACCAAGAAGACCCGUGUAAAGCUCCCUUCAGGAGCCAAGAAGGUUUUGCCCUCUGCCAACCGUGCCAUGAUUGGUAUUGUUGCUGGUGGUGGACGUAUUGACAAGCCUAUCCUGAAGGCUGGUCGUGCCUAUCAUAAGUAUAGGGUGAAGAGGAACUGCUGGCCUAAGGUGCGUGGUGUGGCCAUGAACCCGGUAGAGCAUCCUCAUGGUGGUGGUAACCAUCAACAUAUUGGUAAGGCUUCCACUGUAUCCAGAAACAAGAGUGCUGGUCGCAAGGUUGGUCUGAUCGCCGCCAGAAGGACUGGUCUCAUCCGUGGUACAAAGAAGGACCCAAGGCAGAAUGCUUAAAAAUCCUAAAUAAACUAAACGA